AUGCUCACGCCCCUUCCAGUGCACAACGGCGAUGUCGACCUCACUCGCGAGCUCACCCCGGCCGAGCGCAUUAUCCGUACCUUUUGCGUGCGCGCGUCCGGCGAAUCCGGGCGGUCGGGCAUCCACCCGAUGAUCUUUCUCCGCAACGUCUUCCGGUCGGCCAGCUGGGCCUCGCGCAUCGUCAACGUGCUGUGGCCCGUCGUGCCGGCCGCCAUCGCGGUCCGCUACGCCAUGCCGGACAACCACCUGGUCAUCUUCAUCCUCAGCUACCUGGCCAUGGUGCCGUGCGCCAACCUGAUCGGGUACGCCGGCCAGGAGCUGGCUCGCAAGCUUCCCCACGUGUUGGGGGUGGUGAUCGAGACAAUGUUGGGAGGCGUGGUCGAGCUGAUCAUAUUCAUCGUCCUGAUCAAGCGGCCUGCGACCAACGACGUCAAUUACAUCCAGGUCAUCCAGGCCGCCAUUCUGGGGUCGGUGCUGGCGACCAUGCUGCUGUGCCUCGGGCUGUGCUUCGUCGCGGCCGGCCUGAAGCGGAACGAGACUCACUUCAGCGAGGCGGUCAGCGAGGCCGGAAGCGCGUUGCUCUGGACGGCAGGCUUCGGCCUGGCGAUUCCCACCGUGUUUGAGCACUCCCUCCGCGGCACGAUCCCGCAGGAGGAGCUCGUCGACAAAGCGAUCGAGAUCUCGCGCAGCACCGCCGUCCUGCUCCUGGUCGCGUACGUCAUCUACGUCUUCUUCCAGGUGCGCACCCACCACGGCAUCUACGACGCCGUCUUCGUCGCCGACGAGGAGCGCCACGCGCGCAAGCGCCCCUCGCCCGUGCACCACCGCCUGACCUUCACCGAGUGCUCCCUCGCGCUGGCCGUCGCCAUCGCGCUCGUCACCCUCAUCGCCAUCGCCCUCGUCGACCAGAUCCACUACCUGGUCGAGGGCCGCCACGUGUCGGACGCCUUCGUCGGCCUCAUCCUCGUGCCGCUCGUCGAGAAGGCGGCCGAGCACCUGACGGCCGUCAACGAGGCCUACGCGAACCAGAUGAACUUUGCCCUCUCCCACGUGCUCGGCGCCACCCUGCAGACCGCCCUCUUCAACGCCCCGCUGAUCGUCAUCGUCGGCUGGGCGCUCGACAAGCCCAUGGGGCUCAACUUCGAGGUCUUCGACGUCGCCGUCCUGCUGCUCGCCAUCAUCGCCCUCGGCAACUUCCUGCGCGACCAAAAGACAAACUACCUCGAGGGCUCGCUGUGCGUGCUCGUCUACAUCGCCAUUGCCGUCGCCGCCCUCUACUACCCGAAUCCGCACCUCAUCGCCGCGGCGGAAGCGGCGGCUGGCAGUCCUGCCACCGCUGGUGAAGGCGGUGCUAGUGGUAGUGGCGGCGGCGGUGGGCAUCGCUAA